UUUCGCUAUAGUUCAAAGCAUUACAAGAUGGAAAUGUCUAAAGGCGCCAAUGAUCUCCUCCCAGAAAUUCACAUUCAGUCUGUGCAGACCGUGACACCAACGAAGGUAACCGAUCCACGGCAAGUGCGCCAAGUGUCAGCGGUAGAUCCUAUAGGUUUUGGAAUAUUCCGGAAGUGUCUUCACAUCCUUCUUUACCACGCAAAGGCAACCGAGGACGGUGCUCGUUGGUUUCACGUUGGAUGGCUCAGGGAGUCUCUAGCAAGGGCCUUGCUGGAGCAACCGUUAAUAGCAGGGCGAUUUCGACAAGCUUUUGAUCGUCAGAAUGAGGAAGGAAAUCAACUGGAGAUUGUGUCAAAUGAUAGUGGCGUUAGACUUUUUCAGACAAGCAUCCCGAUAACAUUGUCUGAGUUUCUUGAUUUGAAGGGCAGCAGAGACGGAGAGGAUGCGGAAGCUAAGCUUGUGUUUUGGAAAGAUAUUGAUGAACAAAAUCCUCAGUACUCUCCACUUGUUUAUGUUCAGGUGACCAAAUUCCAAUGUGGAGGAUGCUCAGUUGGAAUUAGUUGCAGCAUUCUUCUGGCAGAUAUUUUGUUGAAGGAAAACUUCUUAAAGAAAUGGGCUAAAAUUCACAACAAUCUGCUUUCAAAAGAUGAUCUACCUGCAGCACCAAUGUAUUAUAUACCUGAUAUUAUGAAAUCUACUGGUUGCUCCCCCACCAGCAUAUUUAGCUCUAAUCCUAGCAACAAAUGUGGCCAAACUGUUAUUUUCACUAUCUCUGCGGAGACUGUAAAUCCAUUGAAGGAUGAUGCAUUGCAGCUUUGUGUUGAAGAAGCAGAGAACAAAUACGGUAACAAUAUGGCUCCCAACUUUCCCAUGUUUGAAGACCAACUACCGCAAUGCAAUCAAGGUUGAGAAGUUUCCAAAAGAUGGACUUAUUAAGCCGAAACGGCUAGGUAGUCGGAGUCAGCUUUCUAGAGCAGUGUGGGAUGAUUUUGGAGCAAAUGAGAUCGAAUUUCGCGAAGGGAAUAAGCCGGAAUAUGUUUCAUAUUGGGUUGGAUUCGUUUCUGGUGGACUUGUCAUGGCAAUGCCAUCGGCUGAUCGAAGGGGCUCUCUCAAUGAAGUGAAAGUAGUGAUUGUCACAGUUCCUAUUGAGAAGGAAGUUUAGUGGUCUUCAAACUCAUAGUUUCUGGGAAAUUUGUGCUUCUAUAACUCCCAGUAUCUCUCUUUAAUUUGAUAAAUAAAAAAUCAUGUAUAAGUUGCUGGAAUAAGAUUCAAUGAUACAAACAAAACAAUACAUGUGUUUA